GGCGCAGUCCGGGAGGUUCUUGCGUCGUUCGGAGGGAGCCGCUGAGGAGCUUGGGAUAUUGCGGCCCAGGGAGUCUGGUAUCGAAACGAUCGUUCGGUGGCCGUUACUCUGCGCGCGAGGGCCUUUUUCUCCCUUGCGAUUAGAGUGACGGGAAGCGCCGAGGGACAUACGAAGGAGGCGUUCUCCCGAUCCCCCAGGGCCCUUAACCCCCUCUGCUCUCGAUGCGUUUGUAAGUGCCGGACCAGGAGGCAGCGCGAUGGCUUCAAGCAGCGGCACCGAUGUGAUUCAGGUCACCAAUGUCUCCCCGAGCGCCAGCUCGGAACAGAUGCGGACUCUCUUCGGCUUCCUGGGGAAGAUCGAAGAGUUGCGCCUCUUCCCUCCCGAUGACUCCCCUUUGCCUGUUUCUUCCCGUGUGUGUUUUGUAAAGUUCCAAGAACCUGACUCGGCAGUUGUGGCUCAGCACCUGACAAAUACUGUAUUCGUUGACCGAGCAUUGAUAGUCGUACCCUACGCAGAAGGAGUUAUUCCUGAUGAGACUAAGGCUUUAUCUCUCCUGGCACCAGCUAAUGCUGUGGCAGGCCUUCUGCCGGGGGGUGGACUCCUGCCUACACCUAACCCGCUUUCUCAGAUCGGUGCUGUUCCUCUGGCUGCUUUAGGAGCUCCAACUCUAGAUCCAACUCUAGCUGCUCUAGGUCUUCCUGGGGCAAACUUAAACUCUCAGUCUCUUGCAGCAGAUCAACUAUUAAAACUUAUGAGCACAGUGGAUCCAAAGCUGAAUCAUGUAGCUGCAGGCCUUGUUUCACCAAGUCUGAAAACAGAUACCUCCAGUAAAGAAAUAGAAGAAGCCAUGAAACGUGUACGAGAAGCACAAUCCCUGAUUUCUGCUGCUAUAGAGCCAGAUAAAAAGGAUGAUAAAAGAAGGCAUUCCAGAUCCAGAUCGCGCUCAAGGAGGAGGAGAACACCUUCUUCUUCUAGACACAGACGGUCACGAAGUCGAUCAAGAAGACGGUCACAUUCAAAGUCAAGGAGCAGAAGACGAUCUAAAAGUCCUCGACGGCGGCGAUCUCACUCCAGAGAACGUAUUAAGAGAUCUAGGAGCACUUCCAAAACCAGGUGCUUGAAAACCAGAGACAAAAAGAAAGAAGAAAAGGAGAAGAAACGAUCUAAAACGCCACCCAAAAGCUACAGCACGGCCAGACGAUCCAGAAGCACAAGCAGAGAACGGCGCCGCAGAAGAAGCAGAAGUGGCUCCAGAUCACCUAAAAAGCCUAGAUCACCUAAGAGAAAGGUGUCUAGAUCCCCUUCACCAAAAAGGCAUAAGAAAGAGAAGAAAAAAGACAAAGAUAAAGAGAGAAGCAGGGAUGAACGGGAAAGAUCAACCAGUAAAAAGAAAAAAAGCAAAGACAAAGAGAAAGAGCGAGAGAGGAAAUCAGAAAGUGACAAAGAUGUCAAACAGGUCACAAGGGAUUAUGAUGAAGAAGAACAAGGCUACGAUAGUGAAAAAGAGAAAAAAGACGAAAAGGCCUCCGAUGCCACUUCUCCAAAGUUUAAGGAGUCCCCGGAGAAAGGGGGCGGUGAACCAAGGGAGUCCAAGGUCAAUGGAGAUGAUCAUCAUGAAGAGGAUAUGGAUAUGAGUGACUGAAUAUGCCUUUGCCAGAAAAACAAUUGGCCACAUGCAUCAGUGUCAUUCCUGUGUGAUUUCUUUAUGCUGUACUUGUUUAAUCUUCCAAACUAGAUGUAUACAGCUGUAACUAUAAAUGGUUGUAAAGCUCCUAAUAUUAAAUAAUUACAUCAAAAGUUUUAGAGAAAGUGGUAUCUGGGUUUUCAUUCUUGUUAUUGGCUAAAUUGAAUUGAGUAGCCCAGCAGUCCUUAACUAGCUUGGUGCUGCUUUUUUCCUUUUUGAGCAAAAAGCUGCAUGCAUCUUUGACAGGCAUGGACUGUUUGUGUUGUAUGAUCUUUUUAGUAAACCAGCUCACCUACAAUAGUGUUUCUAGAGUUUGAUUAUUUACAAUAAUAGAGCAAAAAUAGGGAAUGAACUGGCUGCAUGUUAACUGGCAGGAACAUCCUUGUCUCCUACAACAUGGCGGCCCACUGAGGGCCUUCAGUGUAGAGAGAGAAACUAACAUUAGCUUCAUCUGGAAAGAAAUCUGAUAGAGGUAGAUAAUAUUUCUAGCCCUAUGGCUGAAUCUUUUUUGUUGUGGAUUUGUUUGGCUUUGACACGGUUGAAAUGCAUUAGUCUUUUUAUGCCCAGUGUAAGGUAGGCUGAGUCUCAAUCCUUCUCAGGUGGGUGUUUGAUUUUUCACAAUUUGGACUUUUUGAGGUAAAAAAAAUAACAUUUCUGUAUUCCGCAGAAGAGACAGCGAGAGAUAACCUUGUGUAGUUUUUUAGAAGCUGCAUUUCAUUUUGAGUAUUAAAACUCUGCAACGAAAAAAAGGGUAGUGCAUUUUAAAUGGAACUUCAUAAUGAUUUUAAAACAAGUCUACUUGAUAAUGUAUUUGAUCUCAAGUUGUAUAAACUAACUCAUUUGUGUUGCAGUCACUGAAGUAGUAACCUUUGACAUAGUAAUUUUAUGUUAUG